AUGGCACCUACCAUACCAACCUCGGUGGAUCAGCUACCCUCGACGACAGAAGUCAAAGAGCAGGUCAAAGAGAAAGCGAAAGGUGCUGCCUCAGGACUAAGAUCCUUGGCCGCCGGUGGUGUUGGCGGCAUCUGCGCUGUCAUUGUCGGCCACCCUUUCGAUCUGGUCAAGGUUCGUUUACAAACGGCCGAGAAGGGUGUAUACACAGGCGCCAUCGAUGUCGUGAAGAGAACGAUAGCCCGUGAGGGUCUCGCUCGGGGUCUCUAUGCCGGUGUUUCUGCUCCACUCGUCGGUGUCACUCCCAUGUUCGCCGUAAGCUUCUGGGGUUAUGACAUGGGCAAAAGACUCGUGGACAACUUCUCGACUGUCCCAAUCAAGAAUAACACGCCUCAGUACAGUAUCGGUCAAAUCAGUGCUGCUGGCUUCUUCUCCGCUAUUCCCAUGACUCUCAUCACUGCGCCAUUUGAGCGAGUCAAGGUUCUUCUCCAAAUCCAAGGCCAGAAACAGCUCGCUCCCGGCGAGAAACCAAAAUACAGUGGCGGUGUCGAUGUUGUGAGACAGCUGUACAAGGAAGGCGGUGUCCGCUCCGUCUUCCGGGGCAGCGCCAUGACGCUCGCGCGUGACGGACCGGGUUCCGCAGCUUAUUUCGCCGUCUACGAAUACGUCAAACGCAGCCUGAGCCCCAAGGACGCCGAAGGCAAUGCAACCGGCGAGCUCAGCCUUCCCGCCGUCAUGACCGCCGGCGGUGCUGCAGGCAUCGCCAUGUGGAUCCCCGUCUUCCCGGUUGACACCAUCAAAUCGCGGUUACAAUCUGCCGAAGGACGGCCGACGAUCAGUGGCACCAUCCGCGGAGUCUACAGGAACGGCGGCAUCAAGGCCUUCUUCCCCGGAUUCGGUCCAGCUUUGGCGCGAGCCGUUCCUGCCAAUGCCGCUACCUUCUUGGGCGUCGAAUUGGCCCAUAAAGCUAUGAACAAGGCAUUCGGAUGA